AUGAACGGCACAGAUCAGCAACCAGAAGAUGUACCCGACGUGGCGCCCAUAUACGAGCCCCAAGUCAACUACGGCACGAUGGAGUCCUCCACCGACGACGUGCCGACCUACACCGAGACAGAUGAGGCCAGCCUCGAGGCGCGCAUCGAGCGCGCCAAGGCCCACGAGCUCGCACCCCUCGAGCUUCCCCUCACAGAGGGCCUCCCCAGCCCACUGGGCAACAUGGGCGACGACCCGUCGCCCGAGCUGAGGACCGCCUUCUUCGAGCGGUACCACCUAGCAAUCGACAUCAUCAACGCCUUCUACGAGGCCAUCCGCCUCAGGCGCGACGACCAGGUCGAGUCCAUGGUCCGCUCGGGCCUCGUGUCCCCGGACGUCCGCGGCACCCAGGGCGACCGCCCCCUGCUGGCCGCCGUCCGCGCCGGCAACCCGGCCAUGAUCCUGACGCUGGCGCGCCUGGGCGCCGACCCGGCGCUCAUGGGCCGCGACUCCUACCUCGAACCCCUGCGCGCGCCGCUGCACCUCGCCGCGCAGCGGGGCAGCCUCGCCGCCGUGCGCGUGCUGAUAGAGGACCUGGGCGCCGACGACGCGCUCGUCGCGCCCGACGGCGAGAUCGCGCUGCGGCUCGCGGCGCGGGGCGGGCACCGGGAGGUCGUCGACUACCUCCCCUCGCGGCGGACGGGCGGGUGGCGGCGGUGGAAGGCGGCGCACGAGCGCGAGAUGCGGGUCGUGGGCGACGCGGCCAUGGGCAUCGUACUCUUCUGUAAGUUCUUCGCGUGGAGCGUGCCCAAGUUCGUCGUGUACACGGCGCCCAGGCACAUGUGGAAGGAGCGCAAGAGGUUCGGCCGCUGGUGCAAGAGGCAGGUGGUCGAGUUCCCGCGGCGGGCCAAGAGGGCGGCGAGCGCCGUGGCCAGGGGCAUCAAGGAGAUACCGGCCCUGAUCAAGGAGAUCCCGAACAUGGUGAAGAAGGCCUUCAAGGCGGUGUCCAAGGGGGCCAAGGUCGUCAUCGACUGGAUCGUCGAGGGAGUCACCAAGGUUGCGAAUGCCGUUGCUUACGUCUUUAAUCGUGCAGUGUCGUUCAUCCACACGGUGGUCAUGGCGUUGAUCAACUUCUUCAAGAGGAUCACGCUCAAGGACGUAUGGGACGGGCUGGUCAUUGUGUUCAAGUCUUUGUUUGUGGACGUGCCAAAAGCGAUCUGGACAUUCAUUCUCAAGUUUGGAAGAACGUCGCUCAAGGUUCUCGAGGCGCUGUUUGGGAUCAUUGGCACCAUCAUAUGGUACCUUGGUUAUGGCAUCUUCUGGCUUGUCAAGUUCAUCCCGACACGGAUUUGGAAGAUUUUGUCGGCCUUGGUGAGGUUGAUAGGAGAGGGAUUCCAUGAGUUGCUAGUCUGGUAUGAUCCCAAGAGGGUUUGA